AUGACAGGCCUAGAUUCCGAAAAGGACCAAAUCAUCCAAAUUUGCUGCUUCAUCACGGACGCCAACCUCCAACUCCUCGACCCCCACGGCUUCGAAACCGUCGUCAACGUCUCUAAGACCACUCUGGACAACAUGUCACAAUGGUGCAUCGACACUCACGGUCGUACGGGAUUAACAGCCGCCGUCCUUGCCUCCACCGUUACACCUGAAUCCGCUGCCUCCGAGCUAUUGGCGUACAUUCAGCAAUAUGUGCCACAGCCUCGCACGGCGCUGUUGGCGGGAAAUAGUGUGCAUGCGGAUAAGGCUUUUUUGUCGCGGGGUCCUUAUGCGAAGGUCCUGGAAUGGUUACAUUAUCGGAUUUUGGAUGUGAGCACGUUUAAGGAGGCAGCGCGACGAUGGGGUGCGGAUGAGUUGCUAGCUGCUGUGCCUAGGAAGAAGGAGGUACAUUUGGCGAAGGAUGAUAUUCUGGAAAGCAUCGAGGAGAUGCGAUUUUAUAAGGAGAGACUGUUUGAGAGUGGAGGAAAUUGA